AUGAAACCUUUAUUUACAUAUAAAAUACCUGAUUCACCUCAUUGGUAUAUAGUAAUCACUGAUACUUCUCAUCAUUUUUAUUUUAACAAUCACGAUAAAUCAUCAUAUUGGCAGUUAAGUGAUAUACAAGAACAUUACAAGAAUGAUAUUGAUAUUGUAAAACGAUUGAUUAAAUCAAUCAAUUUUGAUGAAUUGGCGAUUCUAUUUGCUAAAUCAAGGGGAGUGAAAUUUGAAAAAAUCGAAGACGAACUAGAAUCAAUUGAAGUGGAUCACAGUAAAGAGGAAGUUCAACCAAAACAGACUGAGCAACAACAAGUUACUGAAGAAGAAGAAAUUGUUGUUGUGGAGAAUAUUCCAAGUAAAGUGACUAAAGCAAAACCAAAAGAAGAAAAACAGCCACUGACAAAACAAAUCAAUUCUAUAAUACAAGGAUAUCUAUCGAGUGACGAUGAAGAGGACGAAGAGGAAGAGGUAAACAGCAAGGAAACCAAGCAAGAAUCAUCACAAACGAUAAAUAUUGAUGAACUAACAUCACAAGCACUAGCUCAACAUCAAAAAUCUACCGAAAUCGAGUCUGACGAUGACGACGACAAUGAUAAUGGGUCUCUUGAUUUAUCCUUAAGUGAAACAGAAGAUGCAGCAACAGCCUCCACCUCAUCUGCUGAACAAGAUUUUAUCAAUUUAUUGAACCAAUUCUCUAAUCGAAUAUCAAUAUAUGAAAGUUGGGAUUUAGUCGAAGAGGAAUUAUUACCAGAAUUCACUACUUAUCCUGAAUUUUUUGCCAUAUCAUCGAAACUGGAACGACAAAAAUUAUUUCAAAAAUGGUGUACCCAACAAGAGCCAAAGUCACCACAAACUACCAUCAAUGAAGGUGCUUUCCCUACUGUUAAAUUAAACUAUUUGAUAUUUUUACAAGACUUCAAACAAGAUAUCAAACAAUCAUUUUAUCAAUCAUUUUAUAACUCACAUUAUCAAAAAUUAAAUGAAUUCAAUCUUUCUUCACAGAUGAAAGAAACCAUUUUCCGGAAUUAUAAAAUCAUGCUUAAUGAUUUCACAAAAUUUGCUAAAAAUUAUAAAAAAUCGAAUGUUGGAGAUAAUAGAAAUUUAAAAGUAAUGAAAUUAAAUGAAUUUUUACAAAACAAACUACAUAGUCAUAUCACAAAUACUGCUGAUUCUGGUCCAUUUAGUGUUGAUUCAAAUUUAUCGGAUCUUGAUAAUUGGAUAAAUUUAUUGAAUCAUUAUGAUAUCCCCACAGACAUCGCGGAAAAUGAAAUAAAUUUUCUUGUUGGUGAUGAAAAAAGAUUGAAUAGUUAUAUAGAUCAAUUAAAACCCACUAAAUAG